ACUCGCCCGACCCGGAAUACAUCUUCAAUUUGCUGUGGUAAAUUUUAAGCUAAAACAAGUGAAAAAGUAAGCAUAAUCAGGUAAAAUUGAAAGGUUUCUUUGUUCCGUGUUGUGGUCGGAAUGGAGGAAUCCAGCCUAAUGAAGAUGAAAGUGUUUACUCCAAUAAUAAAGCCAGAAGAGCUAACAAUAUCCGACUCUGUGGCUACGGAAGGGGAAUCUCCGCUCGCUAGCAGCAAUCGGUGCUCUGAUGAACCGACUGUAAUGAACGGCCCAACUGAUGUGAAACAAAAACUUGUGACGACUCAUAAAUGUCUGAUUUGCAAUAAAACAUUCCCAAGUAGUUUUCAUCUCGAGAAACAUAUGCAUACGCACAGCGAUGCACGAGCCUUCAAAUGCGACAUCUGUGACGCAUCGUACAAGAGACGUGGUUUUCUUAAAAACCAUAUGAAGAUCCACAAGGUCGAGUCCUCUUUACGCGACACAGAAGGUUACUCCUGCGACAUAUGUGGCAAGCAGUACAAACAAACUGGUUCACUUCAGUCACAUAUGAAGCUUCACCAGAGUACCACUGUGAGGCCUAAGUUUAAAACCCGAAACAGAAAGCAGUACGAGUGUACGAUUUGUGGAAAAGGAAAUCCGAGCAGAGCAUUGCUCACACAGCACAUGGUUAGUCAUACCGAAGAACGACCUUUUAAUUGCGAUAUUUGCGGUUCAUCAUUCAAGUCAGCUCUAGAUGUGAGAACCCAUAAGAGAAGACACUCCUCCGAGAGACCGUAUAAAUGCGAAAUUUGCGGAAAAGGGUUUCUUGUUCCUUCCAAGCUAAUGCGACACUUGAUGUGUCAUACUAAUGAACGGCCUUUCAAGUGCGAUAUUUGCGGUCUAUCGUUGAGGUCAGAAAAUAAUCUAAGAAAUCAUAAACUAACUCAUAAUUCAAAGCAAAAUCUUGUGACGCUUGUGGCUACUCGCUCUGAAGUACAACUUUACAAUUGCGAUAUUUGUGGUUCAUCGUAUAAAACAGCUAUAAAUUUGAGGAAACAUAAGGAAAAGCAUUCCUCGGAGAGCCCGCAUGAAUGCGAAAUUUGUGACAAAAAAUUUUUGAAUGCCUACAGACUAAGGUCGCACAUGCUUCGCCACACUAAUGAACGGCCUUUUAAAUGCAAUAUUUGCAGUUCGUCAUUCAAGACCAUUUACCAUCUACAAUCUCAUGAAAGAACGCACAGUUCUGAGCGCGUUGUUCAUUCGGAAGAACGACCUUUCAAAUGUGAUAUUUGCGGUAAUACAUACCUAACAAGUACUGCGUUAAGGGUGCACGAGACAAAGCACCUCAGGCACAAUUUAUUCAAAAAGAAGAAUUCACCAGCGAACACUGUUUCAGAUGGAUUCGUCACUUAAAUUUUUUUAGGAUGAAACUAAUGUAAGAGGAUUUGUUUAUUGUGUGAAUUUUACAUCCAACAUUGAUUGCUUAAAAAAAUAUAUUUCGGAAGGACUUCAUACAACAUUUUUUUUUUUUGCUGUUAGAUUUAGUUUAAGAGAAAUACUUGUCUGGUGUUCGUGGUCGGGAAGUGUGACCGUUUACCAUUUGAAGCCGUUUCCCGUUGAAGUCCUGCUGACUGAAGAGAAGCAUAGUAGUUCGUGCCAGCAUCCCUGGCAUUGUCGCUUGGGCCACCGGGAUGCGAAGGCCAAACAAUCCCUAUAUAUUAUCUACGUCGUUUUUCCUCAUGUAUUUGUCAGCCAGUACCCUUUGUUUUCCAUUCCUUCUUUAGUUCUUUCUUCCCAAAUGAAACCUUUGCUCAAUAAACAAGUGGUAAGUUAUGCUUUUUGAA